AUGCCUUUUGCUCAGCUUCUUACUAAUGAUGAAUCGUUGUCACAGGAGACUGAGAAGGUACAGAAGCAGGAAAUUUGCAAGCAGAAGAAAGAGGAAAGGGACCAUAUGAAGAUGGAACAACAAUGUAUUAGAGAGGCAAAACGAAUUGAAAAAAAAAAUGCAAAAAAAGUG